AUGGAUGACAUCCUCACUCCCCUCCAAGACCUCUUCGAGGCCCAAAUAGACUUCCACGGCCAACGCUUCGCCGAGAACCUUAAUAACGGCAUCCUCAGCAUCUUCUCCGUUAUCGCUUUCACUGUUGGCUACGCCUACGAGGAUGUACACUUAUCCGUCUGGAUCGGGUUGGUGGGGAUACUCAUUGCGGUGCUCGUGGUUGUGCCGCCCUGGCCGAUGUAUAAUAAGCAUCCAGAACCGUGGUUGAUUUCCGGAGCUGAGGGUGUGGGGACGACAGGGAUUGUGGUGGAUGGGGCGAAACGGUGA